GGAGAGGGCUGAGAUGAUGAUUGAUGAUAUCUGGGUCACGUUUCGCCUAGCGUCGUUGCCCCGGAAAUUCUUGCUGCCUGAGGAUGAGACGCUGGAGGAAACGCUCGUGAAUAUUCAAAGGGCUUUCGAUGCUCGAUUUCUGAAUUUGGGGCUCAUGGACCACGCAAAGAAAGAGAAGCUUGAGAGACUCCCGCCACCUUUAGAUCGCUUGCCCAAGCGAUCCAAUCUAUCUCCACAAGCGUUCCUCGACCAACAGGAGCGCCACGACACCAACAAAUUUCAGCAAAAAAACUUGAUUCAUUUCAUUUACCCAUAUGACCUUUCCGGCAGUGGGAAACAAGUGCUAUUGGUACCGAAUUACGUUUACACACGCAACCUCAUUUUUAAGAUCAGAGUAUGAUUUGUGUAAUUUGUGUUUCUUCGCAACUACAGUAGACAGUCAUUACGUACGAUGAAUUGACGAGACAAGGAGCGGCUGACACAACUCCGCUCGUGAUUUGUUACGCACUGAAUAACUCAACGCGAACGGCAUCGUACUCAACUUCCUUUUUCAUAAUUGUGGGAGAGCGGGCUUCCCGCUAUGUCAUGGACAGUGCGGUUGUCGGGACUUCUAUUUAAGGCUUAGACUUUUUUACGGGUCACUGAAAGUGGUCGCUGACUAAGCACACCGAAGAGGUCACUGAGAUCGAGCUGAGAACAGGGGAAAACAAGGCGCGAAAGUCGCCGUGGGACGGAUCGUGGGGCCUUGUCCUUUCAGAAUCAGUGACCAAUGACUUCCGACCUUUAAUCUACGUGUGACAGACUUGGAGCCUUUGAUCCACACAUCCUCGGCUUCGAAGCGAAAGUGUAUGACAUUAGUAGUUCGAGCACAAUGAACAAGGGGCAGGUGCAGGAGGAGGAUGCCGCUACGGCCCCUCUUGAUAAAUCUGAAAAGGAAGCGCCCCAGAAGAGUACCACCAUGCAACAGGAGGAUGCCGCCAUGCAACAGGAGGAUGCUGCUAUGCAACAGAGAGAUAUGGCUGUGUAUCCUCCUUUUCACCAUUUCGUCGGAGGAGUAAGGAACGAUUCGGAUUCGAAAUGUCCUGUCAUUUUCCCCCAGUGGCGGCCUUUUGCUUAUGAUUUUUGAUUCUGGAAAAAUUGAGGGACAGGAGUCAAUCUUUGAAUAAUAUGCGGUCGUCUAGCCGGCAGCGGUGCGCCGUCAUCAGUCGUGCAACCAAUGAGCCACGGACUGUCAGUUGUAAUAUACUCAAAUAUCGCCAGCACAUAUUUAUACUCAAAUAAGGCAGGCUAGAUUGGCUGGUGGAAAUCACCAGGAAAAUCUUAGGCAUGCUGCCGAAUAGACUCAAAUCAUCCAGGCCAGCACAUAGAGAAACUCGCCGGCCUCUAAGCUUCCGUCGUAUUAGGCUAGGCCCUCCAACCAAUAUACUUCACGAAGUCCCGCUUACUUCAUCUACGAGUGGCUAAAUAAGUACAGCUACUAUUCUUAGUUUAAUACCACCUCAUGAUCCACGACUGGGACAGGAGGACUCUAGAAUGCCCUUUUUAUCCACAACGUCAUCCUAGAAUGGCCCUUUUUUCUAUUCUUAGUUCAUUACUUAUUUCUACUAUGCUUAGUCUAAAAAAUAAUCAACGCAAUAAUUAUGCAUAAAUCAUUAUACAAACAUAUCAUGCAACAUUAAAUAUCGAGUGCGUAAUCAGUAAAUAGUACUUAAGGAAGUGCCCAAUAGAUACUAGAAUGCACCUUUGUGGAUAAAACCGGGACUAUUGUGGAUAAAUAGGGCAUUCUAGAAUCUUCCUGUGGACAAGAAUCUAGAAUGGACUUUUUAUCCACAAUUGUCCCCAUAGCUCUAUGUAUUCUAAUCGAUGCACAUGCUUAGCAGCGCGAAAAAUUGGAGUCAGUUCGCUGACACUGAGGUGUGCUGCCGAGAAGCGGAGCGAUGCGAAUGGGAACACACGAAACAAAUAGUUAGAGGAGCCAAAGAGCUAAGGUUACGACUACAGUCGUACGAUCUUUGUAGAUUUUUUUACAUUUGAUGAGGGUAUUGCUCGAACCAAGUCUGCAUAAGAAGGUCUAUGAGUAUUUGAACUGAGUAAUUAAGCAUAUCCGCACCGAGUGGACUACCAAGCAAGUAUACUUGAAUUACUGAGAAGUUGCAAGUAUCUUGAAACUUGAACUGAAACAUUUGGGAGAGCGCUCUUAAAGGUCUUCUCUAAUUAAGCGGCAAACUCUGUCCGGCGUGGAUGAAGUAGCGGUCGUUCCGUACAAGGUGCGCAGAUCUCCGAGGAGCACGUGAGAUUUGGGCUACUUCUAUUUCGGCCUCAACACGCUAUACCAUUUGUGGCCUUAGCACUUGUUUUCUUGUCACUGGGCUAGUGCACUUCUCUAAAAACCGUUGCGAUUUCUAACUCAUGACGUUUCUAGGAGAUUUGAUGAUUAACACUGAGCUUGCACUGCAUGCUCUGCUCUUUCUGUCAAAAAAUGCGCGUUUCUUUUCCUACUUGGGCUGUACUAGUCGCAUUGUCUGUAUGCGUGAAUUUGCAAAACCGGUACUGGGUAAGGCAAUGGUGUUGACAUCACCACUGUUCUGAUAGUGAUAAAACUUGCAUGCUCUUGCUGUGAGCGUUUCGCUUGUUUGUUGCGAUUCGCAGUAGGAGCAACGCUGACGAUUAUGUGCUUCAAAAUUUUAUUCCUAUUCUUUUGAGUUGAUUCAGAUCAUCAAGAU